GUGAAUGAGGAGUGUGACUGUGGACCUGACUGUGGUAAUAACCCGUGCUGUGACGAAACAUGUAGGCUGAGUGAGCAUGCACAGUGUAGUCACGGACUGUGCUGUUUUAAUUGCCAGUGGAGACGUAAGGGUUUCAUGUGCCGUUCUCCUUUUGGAGAGUGUGACCUCCCAGAGUAUUGUGAUGGUACCUCUGGAGAAUGUCCCAGGGACCACUAUAAGCAAGAUGGUACAUCGUGUGAUAUAAUUCACUAUUGUUUUAUGGGCCGGUGCAAGAACCCUGAUACUCAGUGCGUGGAUAUAUAUGGGUCACCUGCAAGGUCAGCCCCAGAAGACUGUUAUAUUUCCAUGAACACGAAAGGGAACCGGUUUGGAAACUGUGGCUGUCCUACUGCUGCUGUCCCUAGAUAUGUUAAGUGCACUGAUGAGAAUAUAUUUUGUGGGAAACUUAUAUGUACAAAUAUUACACGGGUACCACAAAUCAAACCCCACCAUAGUCUGAUUCAGAUAGCUCACAAUGAUGACUGGUGCUGGAGCAUGGAUGUCUAUAACAUUACUGAUAUCCCUGAUGAUGGAGAUGUGGACACGGGCACUCUUUGUGCCCCAAACAAAAUCUGUGUGAAUUACUCCUGCAUUGAUCGUGCUGUGCUCAAGUAUGACUGUGAACCUCAAAAAAUGUGUAAUGGGAGAGGAGUCUGCAACAAUUUAAGGCACUGCCAUUGUGAGGAGGGCUAUGCACCCCCUGACUGCAAAGUUUCAGGAAAUGGGGGUAGUGUGGACAGUGGUCCCCCCGGCAAGCCAGAUGAUGGAAAUGUAAGUGAAGAUGAAACUAGAGGUCUUAGUUUUCAUCGUGGUAAUUUGGGCAGGGGCAGUGAGAAUAAAUUUGAAAGCAAAAGUCUUGGCAAUCUAUUGUACAUAUUUCCCUUACUUCUUGUGGCAAUAUUUUUAAGUCUGAUUAUUGGUGCCAGUGUUGGGGCUGGAAAGGAGAUAUCACAGUGCUCACAAGGGGCUCUAGAAGAUACUGAAGAAGAAGCUGUACAAGAAAAGGAAGGAGGCCAAGUAGAGGAAGAAGUAGAGGUAAGAAAUAAGUAGUGAUAGGAAGAAGUCUAAUAUAGCCAAUACCCAAACACUAGCUGGAAUGGAGGUUCAGUGGAGCAAAUAUGAAGUGCACACCAAUGGCAGCAGUGGCCCUAAUAGGGACUCUACAGUCUUAUGAAAUGUACAACUGUGCAAGGAAUGG